AUGACGGACAACAACGCGCCUAUAUCUACUGCAACACGAAGAGCAACGAAACCUCGUGAGAGAAAUAGCUUACUGAAAAAAUACUAUGGUCUCAAAGAUACAGCACCUACAACAACAGCAGCUCAGCCCGAGGAAAAUGCAAGACCGUUUGACUUGGAUGGAAAUACCUUCAAUUCAAGCAAGUAUUUCGGCUCAUUACUUAAAGAAAAGACAUUGCAAGGAUUGAUCGAAAAGGACAAUCAGUUAGUUGGAGAAAUAAGAGAGAUUGAUGGAGACAUGAAAACAUUGGUAUAUGAAAACUACAGUAAAUUCAUCAGUGCCACAGAUACCAUUCGCAAAAUGAAGUCAAACGUAGAGAGCAUGGAAUCCGAAAUGAGCAGACUAAACGAAAAUAUCUCAAAUAUAUCCAAGCAGAGCAAAACUAUCAACAAAGAACUAGGACCCAGCCGUCAAAAGAUCCAGCAAUUAUCCAACGUCCACAACUCACUCAAACGACUGCAAUUCAUCUUUGAAUUACCCAACAGAUUACAGCACUGCUUGGUGAAAGGAAAAUAUGGGCAAGCUGUCAAAUAUUACUCGAAAGCGUCCAAAGUGCUAAAUCACUACCAACAUAUGGCGGCCUUCAAGGGCAUCGAAAGAGACUGCAACAGCAUCAUGGAUAAGGUGAAGGCUGAGAUUUGGACUGGUCUGACAGAUCCCAAUGUCACUUUGCAAAAGAUUGCAGAAGAAACUCGUUUAUUAGUGUUGUUGGGCGAGGAUGCGCAUAGAUUGUGGAAGCAGUACAUUGACAUACAGAUGAAUAUGCUGGAGAAAAAGCAGGCGGCAAACUCAAGUCCUUUGUCGAUUCAGGAUUUGGUGGCGGUAUACGUGAUGCCUUUGGAGGAUAUUGUGCAUCAUUUUGAGAGUCUAUUUCUGACUGAUUUGGACACUCAUAAUGACAAAGAUGGUUUGGAUGGCCAGCCUAUGGCAAAACUAAGCGCACAAGACAAAGAGCAGGCGAAGAUUGAUUUACUGGAGGCUAUCAACCCUCAUCUGGACAAGUUUUUUGAACUUGCCACUGAAUUUAUUGAACUGCCAUUGAAUAUAUCCCUAGCAACACCGUUGCAACAAGCAGAUCACCUUGCAGAGUUAAGGUUAUCGCUACUCAACCAAACACCAUCAUUAUCUUCAGUGGCUAAAAUGAACGAUCGUAUCAUUUCAUUAAGUUCCACAUGGGAAAAUGAUCUUAUUCAAGGUUCACUGGAUUCAGCAUUAGCCGGAUUAAGAGAUAGAAUCAACACAUUCAUCACAUCGCUACAAGAAACAUCGAACAACGACGAUUUUGAUACAAAUGGCAUGGCUGGAUUUAUUCAAGAUACUCAAACAUGGCUGGUAGAUCAUUUGAUUAAGCUAUGUUUAUUACCCCUCAAGGAAUGUCUUGAUAUCACUCAACAAGAGACAUUAGCUCGUAUUCAACAGGGCAUCAAGUAUGUGUGGCAAAAGCUAGCGAGUAGAUUCGAGAAUGUUCAUAAAACAUCCAAAUUGGAUACACAAUCACUGCAAAUCAUCAUGCUGGUGGGGUCGCGGCUUUGCUAUGAUUUGGCAGACAAUGGUAUAUUCCAAAUGUACUCGGCGUUUUCAUCCAAAUUCUGCAAAAAUCAACAAAAGCAAAAGGAAGCCAUCUAUAGAUCACCUGAUUUGGAUGCAAAUAUGGAUCCUCGAGUGAUUCCAGACAUGAAUGAAAUGAUUGAGUGCUAUCUAAAGACUGGGCAAACAUUGCUAAACAAACAAAUGAUGCAAGAGGGGUACCGUAUAUCGAGUAGAAUUCAAGAAGCCUACCUAUACAAGCCAGCAACCUCAGCUACCGUCGUAGAUCACGUAUCUGAGAUUUGGCACUAUUGCUUCAACAGGCUCAAGUACACAGAGCGCUUGGUAGAGGCCUUGUUUCCUCAAGAGCAGCCUGCUCUCUCAACUCGAGUCUCCUUGGAUGACAAUGCCACAGCGGCGGAUCCAGAGUAUGACUAUGCUAGCCCCUACUCUCGCCAUAUGGUGCCAUCAACACACAGUCUAGCUACUGUAUCGUCUAUUUCAGAGACACCAACAGGCACAACAAAAUUAGGAGGCAAUGACAUGGCACUCAGUAUAAUGAACAACAUUGACAAAUUGUUUGCUGAAAGGGUAGAUGUAUAUCGCAAAGUCGAUCCCUCGCCCAUAGGCGUCUGCACAGGACUGAUCCUAAUCAUGCUCAAAACAUUCUUGGAGAUUGUGCGUGAAGUUCUGAUGGAUACUGUCAACUACCAACAGAUUCAAGUGGAUGUAGAAUACGUCAAACGCAUCAUUUGGCCAUUUGUAGGCGAUGAAAAGUGGGCAACAACGAUGCUGCAAGAAGUCUUAUCAAGCAUCUACACUAGAUGUUCUUCACCUAUUUCCAUAAGUCAAGAUGAACUAGCAUUGAUAUUAGCUCCUCAAUAA